AUGGAGCAUCUUUCGAAGCAAAAAAGGAAACACCAGCUUUCCGAUGCCAGUCAGGCACCCAAAAAGCGCCAAAAGUCUGGCGCUGUGAAGACUGCUCAGCCCAAGAAGCGCGCUGUCAGUGUUGGUUCGCUGCCAUGGAAGAAGGUCGACUUGCCCGAGAUGUUUGGCGAUGCGGAGGGUUUCUACGGCUUGGAAGUGAUUGAGGGAGUUGAUGUCGUGAAGCAAGGCGAUCAAGUCGAAUUUGUCACUGCCCUUCCCACCUCGACCGAAACGGAACACGAUGACGAGUUCGAAGGUUUCAGCGACUCUGAGCCUGCCGCAAAGCCCACCGACCAAAAUGAGAAGACCAAGGCGGAGCCAAAGAAGGCCAAGAAGGAGAAGCCUGUGAAGGCGGAUCAAAAGCCCAAGGACAACAAGAAGAAGGCUACCAAUGCGACCGACGACGCUGCCGCUGCCGAACCCGCAACCGAAGAAACCGAGGGCAAAAAGAAGAAGGAGAAAAAAAAGAAGACACAGCCAAAGCCCGAGGACGCAAAGCUUGAGAGCAAUGUCUUUACGGCACUGGAGGCUGCGGAGGAAGCCGAGGAGGACCUCGAUAUGGCUGCUUGGGUUGACCUGGGCCUCUCGCCAGCCAUUGUGUCUGCCAUUGCCAAGCUCAAGUUCACCAAGCCGACUUCGAUUCAAGCAUCCUCGAUACCCGAUAUCCUCGCCGGCCACGAUGUUAUUGGUAAGGCGUCCACCGGUUCCGGUAAGACGCUGGCAUUUUCGAUUCCCAUCGUCGAGGACUGGAUUGAGAAGUUCGAGGCCAGGGGGGACAAGGAAGAAACCAACAGGGCCCCGAUUGCGCUGAUUCUCUCACCGACGAGAGAACUGGCUCACCAAAUCACCAACCACAUCAAGAACCUCUGCGCCGGACUGGACAACGGACCGUUCGUGUGCUCCGUGACGGGAGGUCUGUCAGUGUACAAGCAGCAGAGACAGCUGGCCAAGGCCGACAUCGUUAUCGGUACGCCUGGUCGUCUGUGGGAAGUCAUCAGCACAAGCACCGAGUUGAUGGCGGCUUUCAAGAAAAUUCGGUACCUGGUUGUCGAUGAAGCUGACAGGCUUCUGAGCGAGGGACACUUCAAGGAGGCUGGGGAGAUUCUCGAUGCUCUCGACAGAGAAGCAGUAGAUGAAGAUGACGACGAUGAGGACAAGGAGCUCUCCGCCCGGCAAACGCUUGUCUUCUCUGCCACAUUCCACAAGGGUCUGCAACAGAAGCUUGCUGGGAAGGGCAAAUGGGGUCUCAUGUCGGAGACAGAGUCCAUGGAGUACCUCCUUAAGCGCCUUAACUUCCGCGAAGAGAAGCCCAAGUUCAUCGACGUCAACCCCGUCGCUCAGAUGGCUACAGGUUUGAAGGAGGGCAUCAUCGAAUGUGGUGCCAUGGAAAAGGAUCUCUACCUCUAUGCCGUUAUUCUCCUGAACCCCAACCGCCGCACGCUCGUCUUCACAAACUCCAUCAGCGCCGUCCGCCGCCUGACGCCCAUGCUUCAGAACCUCAACAUCAACGCCCUGGCUCUGCACUCGCAGAUGCCGCAAAAGGCCCGUCUUCGCUCCGUCGAACGUUUCACCGCCACGAAAGAAAACACCACAUCGGUUCUCAUCGCCACCGACGUCGCCGCCCGUGGUCUCGAUAUCCCCGGCAUCGACCAGGUCGUGCACUACCAUGUGCCGCGCGCAGCAGACAUGUACGUCCACCGAUCCGGUCGUACGGCGCGUGCGCAGAGGACAGGUCUAAGCAUCAUCCUCUGCGGGCCAGAGGAGGUUGUCCCUACAAGACGUCUCGCGGCCAAGGUUCAUGCGGAGGAGGCGAGCAAGAAGAAGUAUCUCAUGCGGACGAUCGACAUUGAUCGCCGUAUCGCGUCGAAGCUCAAGCCCAGAAUAGACCUCGCAAAGAAGCUCGCGGACGCGACGCUGGCGAAGGAGAAGGGCAACAAGGACGACGACUGGGCGAGGGCGGCAGCCGAGGAGUUGGGUGUUGAAUACGAUAGCGAGGAGCUGGAGAAGGCGGGCACGUGGGGCGGCAGGGGAAGCCAGAGGAAGAAGAAGCAGAAGGAGAACCAGCAGGUCACCAAGGCUGAGAUGUACGCCAUGAGGGCGCAGCUGAGGGAACUGCUUUCCAGGAGAGUCAACGCCGGCGUUAGCGAAAAGUACAUUACUGCUGGAAAUAUGGAUAUCGAGGAGUUGUUGAAGGGUGGACGGGGCGAUUUCCUGGGCAAGGUUGACGGGCUCGAUUUGGAGGACUAG